AUGGCUCUGAACGCGCAAUUUGAAACCAUGGGUAUGGCCAUUGGACAGACAACCUCCAUAAGCGCAAAGCUGUCCGAGGAAGAUGUGAACCUCCUUUCAAAAUGUAGGCUAGCGCUUAUGUUGAUCUCUCUUGGCCAUCAGAGUUAAAAGUCCUUUCACUAUUGGUUUUGCAAUGAUGUCCCCUCUCUACUGUAGGCCCACAAGGUAUAAAAUAGCUGACAUAUAAGUACAUUGUUAUUCUUUCAUGGUUAAACGAGAGGAACGCAUCAAAGAACUAGUAAAAUAGAUCAGACCAAAGAAUGACAAAAAAGGAGAAAGAAAAAGGGAUAACCCUAGCAAGGUAUUUCAUACAAGCUGCAUUUGCUUUCUUGACUAACGUAUUAGCAAAACAGACGAACACUGAACUUUGAUAUUUCUUAUCUUAUUCAGAACCAUCAAGUUGCUAAAAUGCCACAAAAUUUACGAGAAAGCUCUACUUCUACCCAACAAAAUAGGAUGAAGGAUGGAGGAGGAGUGUGGGAACUAACUUAAAGUGAAGAUGAGGAAUUGACUGUUGAUUACUUUUCAGCCAAAGCCAUUCAACUGUUUUUUCCUCAAGGGGUUUCUAUCAGGAAUGAACGGAAACUUUGCUCAAAAUAGCAUUUCCUCCUUCAAAGACACGACAGGGAAAGAAAUUACCUUUCAGUGUCAUGGAAUAUUUGCAAGCAAGUCUUCAACAUGUACCUUAUGUCAUCAGUUCAACAGAAAAGGAAGACAAGAAGUAAGGGAAAGAGUUGAAAGAUCCUCUGCAGAUAUUAGAAGAGAAUAUAAUUAUUGA